GUCGUCCAUGAUGUCUUCAUCUUCGCCGCCGACGCCGGUCCAGAUUCGCGAGGCUAACGCGCAUCUGGCAGCGCUGCAUGGGCGGGUUGCAGAGUUGGAGCGACGGUUGGCAGCGGCGGAGCGCACGGUGCACGGCCAGGCUGAGAGUCUCAUCCGGAAGGAUGCCGAGAUGCGGCAGGCGGUGCUCGGGCUUCGGGAGGGCAAGGACAGGGAAAUUGCCAUACUGGAGGAGAAGCUGCAGUCUUCUGAACAGCAUGCCCAAAAACUCUUAAAUGUGAUCCAGGAAAAAGACAGUUUGAUAACACAACUGAGGCACAGGAGCCGCCUGCUGAGCAAGAUCUGCCGUAGCCGUCCAGUCCUAGACAAUCUCCUGGCAUACAUGGCUGAAGGGGAGCAGCUGAGUCCUGUUCUUGGGGCACAAAGUGGCACCAACUCACCAGAUCACAGCCUGUCAUUGGAGACAAACUGUAUCCCGGAUCUUGAUUUGGACACCAAAGACUUUUCACUUGGGGAUGAUGAACAGGAUUCAGACAAGACUUUGUUUGGGACAACAGUGUAAAUGGACAAGAUUCUUGGGUCCCAUAUCUGAGGCCUCUUUCAGAGAAUUUCUCUUUUAAGUAGGGUAAUACCACUUUUUUUUACCCUGACCUGCUUAAGCUGGAGUUGGCAGUUAAAAUGACUGUUUUUAAACCAGUCACUUCAAUAAUAGUUUUGUGUAUCAGCAGACUUUUUUUGUAUGUGGCUUAAGAAUUAUGUCUUAUUUUCUUGCACCCCCUUAAUUGGAUGUAGGUUCCUGGAUCUCUGGGACAAAUUAUGACAGUCCCAGCAUCUUCCAAUGUUGAUUAACUUUCCAAUUUUGGGAGUUGUAGUUUGGCAGGGCCUGGAGCACUCCAGGUUGCUUAGUCCCACUCUAAGAGAAGCAGAUGUCUAAAGGGAAGCUGCUAACUUAAUUAACAUUACUCUAAAUAAGGUUGCCAUCACUGCUCUCUCUUUCUCUCAAUAUUUUUAUUGCUAUGUCCAGCCCAAACCAGCAGCAGUCUCUUUGAGAGUAGGACAGGCCCAGAAUGAGUUCAAACAACAAGGAAGGAAUUCAUAUUAGGGUUAGACAUCAAGAGGAAUUUUCUAAUUGUUAUGAGCUGUCAACUGGUGGAACAAAUUGUAACAGAACUUGGUAAGUUCUCCUUCGCUAAAGGAGAUGCUCUGGUGAAUCCUGUACUAAGCAGGGGUUGUACUAGUUGACCUCUGUAGUUCCUUCCAAUUUUGUGAUUGUAUAAUUUGGGGUUUGUGUGUGCCAGAUGGGCUAAAUGGUUUAGAAUUUAAAUGCAUGAGGGCAGCAAAUCAUGCCUUUGUUGAUAAACUUGGAAAUACCAUACUUAGGAUGAUGGAAAGAAGAAUGUUAUCUAGGUACCACUAUCUAUUUUUUUUUUAAGAGCUAUGGUUAAGACUUGAAUCCAGCCCUGCAAGUAUAUUUCAUUUUUACUGAUUGUGGUAAAAUAUUACUUCCUUUCAUUGGGCAGCUUCAUUUCCCUUCAAGACUUAUCCCUUAACAAUCUUACUGGAGUGUAAGCUGGGAUGCAUCUAAUGCAUCUUUGGCUCUCAAGUGUGACUUAUGUCCAUCUUUAAGAUGGAUAGGAAUUUUUUUAGGAGGGGCAAAAUCACAGAGAAGUAGGAAACUUUCUUUUCAGCCUGUUUGGCAAACCCACAAGAAUGAACAGAGAAUUUCAGCUUCCAGUACUACCUCUGCUUGCUUGAGCAGGAAAAGGAAUACAACCAUCUUUUAUUUAUGAUCUUGGGGGUUGUUAGCUCUUCUACGUGGUAGCUAUUACUGUAUCUGUUCUCAGAGUGGGUCUCUUAAAAAAACAAGAGGAAGCAGUGAAACAGCCUGCUUCCUAAAGUUGUGGAUGCUCCAUCACUGGAGGUUUUCAAGAAAAGAUUCGACAGCCAUUUGUCUGGGGCGGUCUGAGGAUUCCUGCCUUGGGCAGGGGGUUAGAAGAUCCCAAGCUUCUUUCCAACCCUAUGAGUCAGGAGAGAUCAGACCCUAUGAUUAGCUUCUCAGUGGUGGAAAAAGACUGGUUUAUUUUUAACACUAGCAAUUUUGUGUCAAAAAUAUUAUCCUAAGCUUGCUAAAAACGCUGAGAACUUCUGUUGAGUUAACUCAGAUCCAUUUCCUGGCAAAAACCUGGAAGUUGCUUCAUCUUUUGGAUGUUUUCCUUGCCUGCCUUCUUGGCCAAGCGUGUUGGUACUGUUCAAAAUACAGGGGGCAUGCAACCCAUAGGCCUGCUGCUUGGAUCUUUUCAGUAGCUUUUUUCCAGAACCGAACAAGCAGGCAGGGCUGUUACAAAAGCUGAAUGGGCAGGCAGGGUGGCCAUAAUUAUUACUGGCUUGGGGGUGGGGAAUUAGGGAGAUUGUCAUUUGUUUUGAUUCUGUUCUAAUAGGAAGUAGACAAUGAUGCAUAGAGGCUCAGUUCGCAUGACAAACGGAACUAUCAAUUUUGUUAAAGAGUACGCUUUGGAAGUAUUUUACCCCUGCCAUAUGGGGCUCUUGAACUGGGGGUUUCAGGAUUACUUGGACGUUCAGACCUGAAACAUACGCUAUCCUGAAUCAUUGAAGACGGUGGCUGUUUCAGGUUCGAAUGCCGUGGUAAGUCUGAAACCUUCAUUACCCAGCUGCAGAAGGCAGGGGGAAAAUGGAUGCCUGAUUCAGUGUCUUAUGUGAAUCCAGUCAAACCUUGGGGAUAUUUAAUCCAUUUUAAAAUUAUAUUCAGUAAAGUGCUAUGCAACUGGCAUGCAACAAAAUGUUACAUUACAGAGGUUUCAGUUUACAGCUCUAGUCAGCCAUGACCUCUUCUACAAUAUAGUAAUCCAUUUUUAUCCAUAUUUCUAAAUCUGCCAAGUUGCCAAUACCUCGCUCGUGUCUGGGAGAUGCUCUUUGUGCUACAGAGGCUGUAGUGGUCACUUCCAAAUAUUAGAAAUAGAAGGGCUCCAUAAGAUGUUGAACCUUUCAAUACACCAACUCCUUUUCAGACAGAGACCACUUAAUAAUUACAAUGUUUUAAGGCAGUGUUCUCAACCUUGGCAACUUUAAGAAGUGUGAUUUUCAACUCCGAGCUGGCUGGGGAAUUCUGGGAGUUGAAGUCCACACAUCUUAGAAGUUGCCAAGGUUGAGAAACACUGUGUUAAGGGACCUUGAGCUAUAGAAGGAAGUAAAGGAGACACAAAAUCGAUGGUUCAGGCAAUUGUGGGGGAGGGGGGGCGUUCCAGAGAAAAAUAGAAAUGUGCUGAGGGAUACAUUCUGGUGGAGUUCCAUCAACCUAAACAGCCAUGAAACUGCCUUGGUGUCCUCUUGAUCCCAUCUUAGCCAUGUAACUUUCAAAAUGGCUGAAGUUGUGAUAGCAGCGGAUGAGUUCCAAAGAUUCUGCUCAUUGUUUCACCUCAAUUCCAGUCUUCCCCAAUCUCGCCUGCCCAGAUGGGUUGAGUUAACUCUUGUAAUCUCCAGCUUGGGGAAGCUGCAGAUUUUCCACUGGCAUUUUGGCAGCCCCUUUUGCUCUGUAACUUACUGUAUUUCCACCCUACAAAUAAUUAAUCUCUUGAAUGAGUGAUUGCAAUCCUAAGCACUCUUGCAGGGAAGAAGUGGAACUAAUUUCUUAAUACAUAUGUAUAGGAUUGGUUUGUUUUAUUUAAUGCCUGUUACUUUCAUUUUGAGUCAUCUUAGUUCUCCACUGACAACUGAAGCACCAGUUAAGUGCCUAUGGGGAUUUUGUUACACUAGGUCCUCAAUCUAAUUUUUCUUGUUGGAAA